GCUUUCUCCCUGCCCUGCCCAGCUGUAUAUAAGACGCUGAGCCUGUGCAGAGGCCAGAAACCUUUGGGACACCUCCAGAGACAGACAGACCUAGGAAGCGCUGUAGCUCAAGGAGAAUCAUUUGGUCCUCGUCUGUUUUACUUCCCUCACCGCCGCCAUGCAGAAGACUCUGAUCGUGGGACUGUGCCUGCUGGUGACCCUCGCGGCGGCACUACCAUACCCCGACCCCGAAGCCCUGCCCAUCCCCGUGGCUGUCGCAAUCCCUGACGCAGAGGCUGACGCAGAGGCUGACCCAAGCCGCAGGGGGUACUAUGGCGGAUAUGGAGGACAUGGUGGACAUGGGUUUGGUGGACAUGGGUUUGGUGGAUUUGGUGGUGGUUUCGGCGGUUUCGGACAUGGAGGACACGGCUUCGGGCAUGGUAGCUACGGACAUGGCGGCUACGGCGGCUACGGCGGCUACGGCGGACACGGACACUACCACCACCACCACCACUGAGGUUUUGGUGCUGAGAGCGUUCUGAAUCGACGAUAAAUUAGUGUUAUUUAUUGCAGCCUGGCGCUACACGUGUGAAAUUGUUUUGAAUGUUUUUUUUUAUACCCGGAAUGUUAUUAAUAAAGAAAUGGAAGGUUG